AUGCCCUCCACAAAAACCACCCCUUCCUCGCCCCAACUCCUCUCCCCAGACUCCCUCGAAACCGACCUCCUCACCCACCUCGCCCAAACCACCGCCCUCGAAGACCUGCACACAACCCUGCUCUCCUCCCUGCAACGCCUCGGCUGGACCGAAAAAAUCCGCAAACUCUCCCUCGAGCUCCUCCGUGCCGGCCGCUGCGAGCGCUUCGACGACGUCGUCGAGGCCGUCGUCGCCUCCGCCGCAGGCAUGCAUCCGUUCGCCCCCUCCGCCGACGACGGCUCCGACGACGAAGACCUCAACGUCGACGUGCGCAUCCCCAAGGCGGUGGUCGAGCAGGGCGUGCGCGCGCUCAAGGAGGUCCUCCGCGACGUGAUCGUGCUGGACGACGAUCCGGACCUCACGGCGCUGCAGCAGAGCGAGCGUGCCGAGAAGACCGGGUCGAGUCUGGAGGGGGAGGCGGAGAAGGAGAAAGAAAAGGAGAAAGAGAAACCCAAGGCGUUGAAGAACGGGGACCCGAGUCCGACCAAGAAGAUGGAGAAGAAGACGAAGCCGGGCAAGCAGGUCAAGUGA